AUGAGCUCCGAGAGGGAAAAGAACGAGCUCAAGUCCCAAGGCGCCGUCGAGGCUGCCCGCGACCCAAAUAGCUCUGUCACGGGCGAUGAUGCUCAACGGGUUAUCCUAGACGAGAGCAAAAAAGCUGGUUCGGCCGCCCUGCAUUUCAACCCUAAUGCGUCUCCAGAAGAAAAGGCCGCGCAAGCCAGAACACGGCAGAACGAUAUUCGUCGCCCACCCAAGGGAGUCGGAGUAGCCACGGAUCUGGACGACGGAGAGCCUUCUCAGUACAACCUACCUCCGCCCGAACCCAUUUCCGUUGCCGCGAAGGUCGAGCCCCCGACUGACCAGGCUGACGCGGCGAACGGGAUCGCCCCAGAAGAAGAACAAGAAUGGAGGAAGGUCGGGUGGGCUCCGCGCUUCGGAUCUGGUGAGACGGAGGAAGAGCAAGAAGAAGGUAACCUCUUAGACCAUCAAACGGCCCUUGAAGGGAGGUUGGAUGAGAGGUUCUUCGGCGAUUGGUACCAUAACACGGCUGUGAUCAUCUUUGCCUGUAUCGCAUCAUGGCUCGUUGCUACUCUCGGCGGCGGUCUAGCAUGGGUCAUCAUCAUCAUGGCCACUUGCGGCACCUACUACAGGACCUCCAUUAGACGGGUGAGACGAAAUUUCAGAGACGACAUCACGCGGGAACUGGCCAAAGCACGUCUGGAGACCGACACCGAAAGCCUCGAAUGGCUGAACAGCUUCUUGGUCAAGUUCUGGCCCAUCUACGCCCCCCAGCUUGCCAAAGCUAUCAUCAUGUCCGUCGACCAAGUUCUGAGUACCUCCACGCCGGCGUUCCUUGACAGCAUGAGGCUCGAGACGUUCAUCCUGGGGACCAAACCACCCCGUAUUGAGCAUGUCAAGACCUACCCUAGGGCCGAGGAUGACAUUGUCCUGAUGGAUUGGAAAUUCAGCUUUACUCCAACUGACACCCUGGACAUGACGGCCCGCCAGCUCAAGACGAAAAUUAACCCCAAAGUCGUCCUGGAAAUCCGCAUCGGCAAAGGUGUUGUCAGCAAGGCCAUGAAGGUCAUCGUCGAAGACUUCGAGUUCUCCGGUUUGAUGCGAGUCAGGAUGAAGCUGCAAAUUCCGUACCCUCAUAUCGAACGCGUUGACAUCUGUUUCCUCGGUCGACCGACAAUUGACUAUGUCUGCAAGCCUCUAGGUGGAGACACUUUUGGCUUCGACAUCAAUUUUAUCCCGGGUCUGGAGAGCUUUAUUAAAGAGCAGAUCCACGGCAAUCUUGCUCCGAUCAUGUACGAGCCGAAUGUCUUCCCCAUUGAGGUGGCCAAACUGCUAUCGGGCAACCCCAUCGAUUUGGCCAUUGGCGUUGUUGCCGUUACGAUCCACAAUGCCACUGGAUUGAAGAACCCUGACAAAUUCUCCGGCACACCGGAUCCCUAUGUUAUUGUCUCGUUGAACAGCGCCAAGGAGCUGGCACGUACCAAGACGAUUCACGAAGACCACAACCCUCGCUGGAACGAGACCUUGUACAUCAUCAUCACGAAUUUAACGGACUCCCUCACGCUACAGGUCUACGACUACAACGAUGUGCGCAAGGACAAGCACCUCGGCACCGCUACGUUCGCACUGGAUCGACUGGAGGGCGCCUAUGAACAUGAAAAUUUGACACUGGAUGUGCUUGCCAACGGGAAGCACCGUGGAGUGGUCAGUUGUGAUGUUCGUUUCUUUCCCGUCUUGGAACCGGAGAAACUUCAAACUGGUGAGAUUCUACCACCACCGGAGUCAAAUACGGGCAUCGCAAGAAUCACCAUCGAACAAGCCAAAGAUCUGGACGGAAGCAGAAGUCUUGUCGGCGCUUUGGACCCGUAUGCGGUGCUUCUUCUGAAUGGCAAGGAGAUCCAUAUCACCAACAAACUCAAACACACCAACAACCCUGUAUUCUCGGACAAUACCAAAUCAGUCCUCAUCACGGACCGGAAGAAAGCGAGGAUCGGACUGGUCAUCAAAGACAAUCGCGACCUUGCAACCGAUCCGAUCCUGGGCACCUUCCAAAUCAAAUUGGACGAUAUGCUCAAACUUGUGGAUAAAGGUCAGGAGUGGUUCAACCUGCACGGGACCACAACAGGGAAGGCUAAGUUGAUGCUGGAUUGGAAACCGGUAAUCUUGAAGGGUACCAUCGGCUCUGGCGGCUACAUCACCCCAGUAGGCGUGUUGCGCAUCCACGUCCAGAGUGCAAAGAACCUCCGAAACUAUGAGACGAUGGGCAAAUCCGAUCCGUACGCAAGAGUCUUGUUAUCAAGCAUCCCCAAGGGCCGGACAGUUACUUUCCAGAACGACCUCAAUCCCGUUUGGGACGAGGUCAUAUAUGUGCCGGUGCAUACACCUUCUGAACGAUUGAUACUUGAGGUGAUGGACGAAGAAAAGCUCGGCAAAGAUCGAUCUCUGGGCUUGGUACAGAUUGCCGCUUCAGAUUACAUGAAAGAGGCCGAUGAAGGGGGAUAUGAAGUCCACGACACCAAGACCGUGCUGUCUGAGGGAUUGCGAAUGGGUGGUGCCGGGGAAGCAAAGGGCACAAUCAACUACACCGUUUCAUUUUUCCCAACUCUGAACGUGAUGGAUCCAGAAGAGGAAGAGGAAGAGCGAAAGGCUCAAGCAGCUCUCGAAGCGCCCGAAACUCCAACACCUGGAACGCCUUCGCACAGCAAGAAAUCCUCGGUUGAUGUCAAGACGUCGAGUGACAUGGCGAGACUAAGCGUGGAUGGUCGCAAGAGCCUCGAUAAGGCGGGCCGGCUUGGUGCUCUGGCAAAUGGAGCCGCGUCUAUUAACGGCUCUGUUGCUUCCGGCGUGAAACAGUCGCCCAAAAUAAAGAUCACCCCAGAAGAUCUCCACAAAUACGAAUCCGGCCUCAUUGUCUUCAGCAUCAUCGAAGGCCAUUUUGCCCAAACUGACAUCAACCUCGAGGUAGUAAUGGACGACCAUGCUUUCCCGGCUUACACAUCCUCAAAGAUUCGAGAAAAAGACCACCAGUUCGGCGAGACCGGUGAUGCCAUGGUUCGCGAAAUUGAGAUGUCGCGAAUCACACUCCGGUUGACCGAAAAGGUCGACCGCACCGGCAAGGGAGACAGCGACGACAUCGUGGCUAAGCUGACUGGCCCUACUCUGUCUACCCUACAGCAGUGCUUGUACAAGCCCACGGAACUCACAAUAAGGAGCAACAACGGAGCUAUCAACAAAGUGGUGGUCAGUCUCAAAUAUCUUCCAGUGAAGAUGCAGCUUGAUCCAAGCGAGAGCAUCAACAACAUGGGUACUCUCCGCGUCGACGUGAUGGAUGCUGCCGAUCUUCCGUCUGCCGAUCGAAAUGGCUACAGUGAUCCCUACUGCAAAUUCAAGUUGAAUGGCAAAGAAGUGUACAAGACCAAGAUUCAGAAGAAGACACUCCAUCCUGCCUGGAACGAAUUCUUCGAGGUGCAGAUUCCAUCCCGCACGGCAGCUGACUUCAAGGUUGACGUUAUGGAUUGGGAUUUUGGCGACAAGGCGGACCAUCUCGGCUCUGCGGUGCUGAAUUUACAGGUGCUAGAGCCAUUCCAACCGCAAGAGCUCAAAUACAAUCUAGACGGAAAGUCCGGGGUCCUUCGACUUAGAAUGUUGUUCAAGCCCAACUACAUCACUCGAGCGCGGCAAGGGACAUCAACCUUUUCCGGCACCUUCGCGCCCGCUGGAAAGGUCAUCGGUGCGCCCGUUAAAGGUGUCGGAAAGGUGGGGGGCGGUGUGGUCAAGGGAGCCUCGUUCAUCAAACACGGCUUGACGAGGGGGCGAAGCAGUAAGGAAGACACACCACCGAGCACCAACGGAACGCUGGAGAAUGCCGAUGCUGCCGUCACGCCACUGGCAACCCCAUCUCGAGCGCCUCCCAUGGUUGACGGCAGCGCGACUCCCGUCACCCCAGCCACGCCCUCUCCCAUGAUGCACUCCCGCACCAAGAGUAAUCACUCAACCAUCACGGCUCACAAAGGCGGUGAUACCGGAACGGCGAGUUUUAUUAUCGUCUCUGCCACCGGGUAUCCUCCCAAAGCUGAUGUCCAGGUUCUCAUUAAGAUGAUCGGAUCCAAAGGGGCCAAAGAAGUGCACAAGACCAAGGCCAUCAAAUCAGUGUCGGGGACAGUGGAGUUUGACGCGAACCACGAAAACUUCAAGGUCGCCUGCUCGGCGGACACGCAGUUCCAGUUGCAAGUCAGAGAUCACGACAUGCUCAGAUCCAAAGAUCUUGGGGAGGGCUUGUUCUUUGUAUCUGACCAAGGCGCAGGGUCCGACCAAGUUGUCAAGGCUGGAUCGGGAUCGGUCACGAUCCGCAGCAGCUUUGCCGCCAGCAAUGGAGUUGCUUCAGAUAGCCUCCGACCCGUCACCAGCGGACGGGACAGCCCGGACUCGAAGCGCGAGGGGCGACGAAGUUUCUUUGGGAGGAGGGAUGUUAGCGCCAAAUACGAGGGAUCCUGA